UUGAAACGAAUUGAGUAUAUAAGACCCAGGGGGAGGGAUCGAGGGAUCCAACAGGUGGCCAGGCCGUGUGAUUUGGUAGGGGCCCAACUGUUCUUCCUUUUUGUUUGGGGUCCAGCGUGAUCAGGCCCACAAGGCCACGGUCCAUUGACCAUGGUUCUUAGAGAAGUCCAGAACAGUCCGUAGCCCAUGCGAAAUGGGAACGACUUCCCACCCAGCCCAAUUCAUGGGCAUUCGGUGGCUGGCGCCGUCGCCGGCUCGCCGCCUCCAUGCCGUUCGAAACGCCGCCGCCGGCGCCCCCGGCCGCCCUGCGCGCCCCUACUUUCCAGGCCAACCCCGCCGCCGACGCCAGGCAGCUCCUGGGCGCGCUCCUGCCGCGGCGCCCCGCGCUCCGCCACGUCCUGCAGGCGCACGCCCGCCUCGCCGUCCUCGGCCUCGCCACCGCGCGCGCCCUCCCGCAACUCCUCGCCGCACUCCCGCGCCUCCCGCCAGGCGGCGCCGAUGCGUAUUACUCCUACCCGCUCUCCCUCUUCCGGAGCUCCAGCUCCGCCUCCUCCUUCGCGUCCAACCACCUCCUCCGCGUGCUUCCGCACCCGCUCCCGCUCCCGCUCAGCCUCUUCCCGCGCCUCCCGCGCCGCAACCCCCACUCCUUCACCUUCCUCCUCGCCUCGCUCUCCAACCACCUUGACGCCGGCCAGACCGUCGGCUCCUCCGCCUCCCACUUCCUGGGCUCCCACGUGCACGCGCUGGCCAUGAAGGCUGGCGCCGCGGGCGACCUCUACGUGCGGAACGCGCUGAUCCACUUCUACGGCGUCUGCGGUGACGUGGUAGCGAUGCGGAGGGUGUUCGACGAGCUACCGCUCGUGCGGGACGUGGUGACGUGGAAUGCCGUCCUUGCUGGCUAUGUGCGAGCGGGCAUGGUGAAGUAUGCUCGAGAGCUGUUCGAUGGAAUGCCUGUGAGGGAUGAGGUUUCGUGGAGCACGAUGGUGGGUGGGUAUGUGAAGGAAGGGGAGCUGGAGGUGGCACUGGGAAUUUUCAGGAACAUGGUGGUGCAGGGGGUAAAGGCAAAUGAGGCAGCUAUAGUGACGGCACUGUCGGCAGCUGCACAGCUGGGGCUGCUUGGGCAGGGGAGGUUUGUGCAUGAGAUGGUCGAGAGAGCAGGAAUGCCAGUUAGCAUGAAUGUUGGCGCUGCAUUGGUAGAUAUGUAUUCCAAGUGUGGAAGCAUAGCAGCGGCAAGGGAAGUUUUUGAUGCCAUGCCAAGAAGGGAUGUGUUUGCUUGGAACUCCAUGAUCUGCGGACUUGCUGCCCAUGGAUUGGGGCAUGAUGCAGUGGAGCUCUUUGAGAAGUUUGUCACUGAGGGGUUUUGCCCGACAAGUGUCACAUUUGUGGGGGUGCUGAAUGCCUGCAGCCGCACUGGGCCUGUUGAUAAAGGACGGUCGUAUUUCAGGCUGAUGUCAGAGAAAUACGGCAUUGAGUCAGAGAUGGAGCAUUAUGGAUGCAUGGUUGAUCUUCUGAGUCGUGCUGGUCUUGUUCAGGAAGCCGUUGAAUUGAUCGAAGGGAUGCGCAUUGCACCUGACCCAGUUCUCUGGGGCACAAUACUAUCAGCCUGCAAGAGACAUGGCCUUGUGGAUUUGGGCAUAACUGUCGGUAAUAAGCUAAUUGAACUGGAGCCUGCUCAUGAUGGACACUAUGUCCUCCUUGCAAGCAUAUAUGUGACAGCAAAGAAAUGGGAUGAAGUCAGGAAAGUUAGGAAAUUAAUGUCAAAUCGUGGCACCAACAAGUCAGCUGGCUGGAGCAUGAUGGAGGCACAUGGAAUUUUGCACAGAUUUCUAGUUGGGGACAUGGAUCACAAGGAUUCUGUACAGAUAUAUAACAUGCUUGGCAUGAUUGACAGAAGGUUGGCGGAGGCAGGGUAUGUACCGGACGUGUCAUCAGUGUUGCAUGACAUCGGGCAUGAAGAGAAGGUUCAUGCCAUUAAGGUGCACAGCGAGCGACUCGCAAUUGCUUACGGGUUAAUUGUUGUUGAAACUGGCAGCCCGAUCCGCAUUGUCAAGAACCUUAGUGUGUGUGUGGUGAUUGUCAUUGUCGUGGUGUCGCAAACCACAGCCGGGUGGCGGAAUGCACCCGCCUAAGCCCAGAGGGUGAGUACUCGGGGGUUAGCCAGCGACUAGUUCGAUCUUGCUCAAGAACACG